CAAGACAGCAAUUUGCAGAAAAGCAGAACCAGAGGACAAUAUGCUGAGAUACGCAAUUCUCAUUGCUUUAGUAGUUGUGGCCUUUGGGGAAGAUGAACUAGGCAUAUACGAGAGAUGGAGUAAAGGCUACAAAGGAAAAGUAUCUGGGGCAGAGACUGAUUGUAAUGGAAACGUUAUUGAUGCUGGUUGCACCAUUGACCUCAAAUUCCCAAAGAAGCUUGAAAUGCUCAAUAGUGGUAUGGCCUUCCCCACAGAGAUACUCAACAAUGACCGAACAACAUGGAGGAUGAAGGCCAGGAAUUGUGACCCUAAUGUACCAACAAUCUUUGAUUUCACAGCUGAUUUCAAAGUUGAUUUCAGAAAGGAGAAUUUCGGUGAAGGAUACUUUGAGAGCAUUCCGGGACCAACUGUCAUAUAAAAUGUAACAAAGUGUGAUUUUAUUAAAAAUAAAU